AGUGGUCCACAUAAAGGUAAAUGAACAUUUAAAGUGGCAACAAUCAAUAUCCUAAACCAAAUACUGCCACAAAAAGAAAUUAAUUUAAUUUCAAGAAACGUCGAUUCAUGCAAUUUCUUCAAUUAUAUAUUUUCACAUCAAUUAUCCUACAUCGGUUUUGUGUUAGUGUAGCAUUCGUCUACAUGGUCUUCCUAAAAAGGUGGAAUAUAGGUUAAAAAAAAAACAACGAAAAAAAAAGCAGAAAAUAGAUCCAUCCACACCAACAGGCGGCGGUACACAAAGGAGCAGAAACCCUAAUAAUGAAAAAAAAAAGACACCGAUGUGGCUCCACAGCACAGCUUCUCUGUGCGUUUGAAUGAAUCUGCUGAGCUCUGAGGCUCCGUGGUGCUGAACGGACAGCUCCUCCGCUCUCUGACGCCUGCAGACAUGUUCACCAGGAUGCUGAAACUGAGACUCCUCAACGCUGUAGCACCUGCAUACUUCUUCAUGGCUACAGCCGUCACCUUCAUUUUGCACUUCUGCUUUUUCAUCCCAACAAUCUUCCCAAGCCCGGAUACAUCGCUGGUGGGAUCCACAACUCUUCACACAGUUGUUUUCCUUUUCUUAAUGUUCAAUGCAUUGGGGAAUUACACAAUGACUAUCAAAUAUCCUGCUGAAAGUGCCAACGAGACUGUUGUUCCAGUGUGUUCGCCGCACUGCUCGGACAAAGUGGACGCACACUACCUCCUGAAUGGUCGCCACUUCUGCAAACUGUGUAAGAAAGUUAUUCUCAAGAGGGAUCACCACUGCUUCUUCACUGGAAACUGCAUUGGCAACAAAAACAUGCGCUACUUCAUCAUGUUCUGCAUCUACACAUCAUGCACUUGUAUGUACUCCUUGGUUCUUGGUGUGGCCUUUCUUACAGUGGAGUACUCCAUCUCCUUUGAGAACCCACUGACCUUCCUGACUCUUCUCCCCCUCUCCACCGGUUACUUCUUCAUGGGAACGAUCUCAGGCUUGCAGCUCUUCCUGGUGCUGAUGCUGUAUGUGUGGCUGGGCAUCGGCCUGGUGUGUGCAGGCUUCUGUUGCCAGCAGGUGCUGCUGGUGGCCCGGGGUCAGACCUGGUGUCAGAUGCAGAGGGGGCAGCUUGUGGAGAACCGCAGCCCUUGGAGAACCAACCUAAAGGAUGUUUUUGGUACCCGCUGGUUCCUUGGCCUUAUCCUGCCUGUGCAGACAGUGGAGAUGUGCUCUGAAGACUCAGAUGCACAUAAACAAGACUGAGUGCUAACCACAUAUCAUAUCAAUAAUAGCUCCCAAUAGGUCACACAAGCGUAACAAGUUAUAGAAAAGGCUUUCUAGGGAUCUGUAUGGUGAUUGAAUUUGAAUAUAAAUGGAUGCUUUAUGACCUCUAACGUAGUCUGUGAAAUAGUUAGCUCUUAGCAUACAUUCCUUUAAGGACAGGAGCCAUAUAAGCAAUGUGAAACUUUUAAAUAAGUGCAUAGUGUAAGUGUAUCCUUUAAAUAAGACAAGAUAAGAUGGCUUUGCAUAAGUGCAUGCAUUCUCAGCUUUGCAUUUUUGUAUUAUGCUACUGAUUUGAACGCCUGUGCCAUGCAGUGCUCUGAGAUUAGCAGUCAAAGCGCGCUGUUCUUCCAUACUUCCUCAUAGGACGCUGCAGUGUGACAUUCAGGAACUUUAUGGUAGUUUUUACGACAACAAUCCACUUUGAUGUUAAGGGCUAGCAGACAAGAAAACCACAGUAUGUACUGCUCCUCAGCAUAAACUGCCAGGCUUCACAUUGUUUUGACAAUAAACUGUUACAUGUUGAGCCUGAUGUUCCUGAGGACUGAGGAUAUAAAACUUUAUAUGAUGUGGUUGGGGGGAAAUAUGAGGAUGAUGUGCCACAUAAUUAUCCAGGGUAUUAAUCACAAUGUGCCAUAAAAUCAUGUCUUACAUGCUUACAGAUGACCCCAAAGAUGAGGUUUUCACUACACUGCUAAUGAUAGGGCCCUUUGGUAAUAAUAGUAAGGACUUUUCACUGUUAUGCUGCAGCUACAGCUACUGUAUGACAUAUUCUACAUUAUGCCAAACAUGUUUUGGAUUUCAAUAAAUAUGUCUUUACUUUUUAGAGCUAUUUUUGUCUA